CCGCCGCUUCUCCGCCUCCUGCGUGGCGCCGACAUGGCGGAGCUGGAGGUGGGGCAGCACUGCGGGGUGCCCGAGUGCCGCCAGCUCGAUUUUCUUCCCUUUGUAUGUGAUGGCUGUUCAGGUAUCUUUUGCCUUCAGCACAGGAGCCGGGAUGCUCAUGGGUGUUCUGAGGUGAAUGUAAGAAACAGUUCUGUGAAACCUGAUCAGCACAGAUCUUACCCAUGCUCAUACAAGGACUGCAAUGGAAAGGAGCUUUUGCCAGUGUUAUGUCCUUACUGUGGAAAACAUUUUUGUCUCAGACAUCGUCAUCAAUCAGACCAUGAAUGUGAGAAGCUGGACACACCGAAACCUCGAAUGGCUGCCACUCAGCAGCUUGUUCAAGAUAUUAUAGAUUCUAAAAAGAGUGAUGAAGUGAAAAGCAAAAAACGUAAAGGAGCCAAAAACAGUGAGACAGCAGCAAAAGUGGCAUUAAUGAAACUGAAAAUGCAUGCAUGUGGGGACAAGUCCUUGCCUCAGACAGAAAGAAUUUACUUUCAAGUAUUUUUACCAAAAGGGAACAAAGAGAAAAGCAAACCCAUGUUCUUUUGCAGUAAGUGGAGUAUUGGCAAAGUAGUGGAUUUUGCAGCUUCCUUAGCAAGCCUUAAAAAUGACAACAACAAAUCAACAUCCCAGAAACUGAGAUUAUGCCAUACUGCCUCUGGAGAAGCCUUGCCAUUUGAGCACACACUGGAAACAUGGCUAUCUGAUAAAGACUAUCCACUGUACAAUGGAGGAAAUAUUAUUCUGGAGUAUCUUGAUAAUGAUGUUCUAUUUAUAGAAGACACAGAAUCCUAUUUUAGUUAGUCAAUAAAUUUUCACAAACAAAAAAACCCCAGUAUUUUUAGAAGCAUGGUAUUAAAGCAAGUUUUCUUUUUAAAUUACUGGUAUGCCAGAAUCUGUCUUCCAUUGCGAAGAUGCAAUUCCCAUCAAUUUCUCAGUUGCUUGACUGAUAGAAGAACUAUGUCCUGAAAGGAAAAUUACAAUAACUAAUAUUGCAGAUAUUCAUAUUCUAGAAUAAAUUCUUGCUCUAUUGAGAUGUAUAAUAUCAAGAAUUUUUUCUUAAAUUUGGUAUUUAUUUUUGUAUAAGUGGUGGGGACAGUAUGUCUUCAUAAAUAAUGAAAACGUAAA